UUGUGCAUUGAUAGCACACGCGAUGGCGUUGUCAAAAACAACCUCUCGAAAAUCAUGAGAAAUGAGCAUGUUAUGGCUUAAUUUGAAUAUCCAUGCCAAUGUAUUGCCGUUGACGGAAAUGUCGACCUCUCCAACAUGGCUGCGACGUCGGCACGUCGGUUCGCCGGCUGGCGUAUCGAGUUCGGGCUAGUGUCAUAGCUGUGAUGGUUAAAAAUAAAUAAAUAAAUGGUAGCGACCUACCUCACUUCCGGCUCAAGACAACAUGGCGGCAGUUGGUUGACUUCUCAGGCUAAGGUUUCUUCGCACCCCUUACUAUGAAACGCACUCAUUCAAACAGAUUUCGUUUCAGUGCGACACGACCGAUGUCGGACAUAAAAGCGGUCUCAUCGAGGCUCGGGCGUAGCUGAGACGGCGCCAGUGUGAUCGCUCCGAGCGGACCCGGGUCAUGGAGAAGUUUGGGAUGAGUUUCGGUGGGGGCCCCAGCAGGAAGGAUCUUCUGGUAACGGUCGAGUCCCAGAACAAGCAGCUGGCCCAGUACCAGAGCCGCUUCAGGGAUGUGGUGCACGCGUACAAAAGCCUGCUGAAGGAAAAGGAGGCCCUGGAGGCCAGUCUGAAGGUCUUGAGCGGCUCCCGGGAUGCGGAUGUGAACCGGCAGCUCUGCGAGCGGGCUGCCUUCCUUCAGGAUUGUGGGGACGGAGACGUGACAGAGGACGAUGCGGCAGAAGCGGGAGGUCCCAACGGGUCCCAAGCCGGCAGCGCGGCGGCCGAGCAGCGACAGGACGGAGAAGCGGAACGCAGAAAGGUCCAGCUGAAGAACCAACUGGACACGCUCACCAGCGCUCUGGCCACCGUGAUGCAGGAGAAGUCUCGCAUGGAGGCCAGCUUCCAGGCCGACAAGCGGCAACUCAAGCAGGAAGUGGCACAGCUGCAGGAGCGCCUGGACGCCGCCGCCGCGCGACAGCAGGCCGAGGUCCGGGCCCUCCGGCGGCAGUUGGCCGAGAGCCGCGCUCGCGUCAUCACGCAGCAGCACGAGCGGGAGCAGGAACAGAGCGACCAGUUGCAGCAGCUGCAGGAGCUGCAGAAGAUCCUGCAGCAGGAACGGGACCUGCGGCAGGACGCCGAGCUCCGCCUGCACGAGUCCGACGCAAACUUCCCGGCUGCGUCGCACGCCACGGACCGUGGGGCUGAGUCGGAGGCGCUCCUGAAGCAGACCAGGGAGGAGCGCGACCAGCUGAGGAGGAAGCUGCGGGCGGCCGAGGAGGAACGAGAGGAAGCGGAUCCUAGGGUGGAGGGGCUGCAGCGGGAGCUGACUGAGCUCGACAAGUGCCUCCAGGAGCAGCUCCACGACCAGAACUUCAGGGUAGGCCUCAUACACGUUUAG